AAACAAUGGAUUCCAAAUUUUGUACUAUAGCAGAUGCGUAGUGCUAUCAGCGAUACCACUCUGAUCCAUAUACAUACAUAGUAGUGUAUUAGUAUAUAAUAUAUACCGUUAUAUAAGAAACGGAGAAGGGAGUCUGAUUAUGCUUUUGGCACAACUUACGCGUGUUUCGCGCACGGUUGGUAUAUCGAGAUGCGCACAGGCGGGGGCAUUGCAGCACAGCCGGACUUAUGCUACGGCUGACAAGGCGGAGGAGAAGGAGGAGAAGAUCCCUCAGUUGACCAAGCUUAUGAGAGGGUAUACGAAAGCACCAAGGAUGGCUAAAAAAAAGGGCCAAGAGAAUAAUAAGAAGACGUUGGUCCGAUCUCAACCGUACCGAGCCAUACCCGACGAUGCCCAACCGCGGGACUUCCACACCAAUCUGAUGGGAUUGCUGAACAUGCGAGAGGUUGCGCGGCACAGGAAACGCAUCGAUAUACCCGUACACACCGCCGGGUGCAUCAUGCAGGUGGUCGCCCUAGACAACGCCAACACAAAGCGGGCCAAGCCUUUCAUUGGUAUCUGUACCGCCCGUCCCAAUCGAGGAACUGCGUCGUCACUAACCUUGAGAAAUGUGGUUGAUGGUGUACUGCUGGAGAAGUCGUACAUGGUCUACUCGCCUCUUAUCAAAGAAAUCAAGGUGCUCGAGUUCCAACGUGCACGCCGGGCUAAGAUGUACUAUCUGGACGACCAUCCCCUCAACAUGAGUACUAUCAAUUCUAGACGUUUCAAGGAGGUUAAUACCACCACUACUAAGGAUGCCAAGAAAAAGGGAGGCAAAGGCAGCAAAAAAUAGAGAUAACAUAAACAAGCAUGUUCUAAUAAAGAUGGUCUCGUUGCACGAAUCUUGUCCAGUGAAAGCUAUCUCAAAGAAGUGCGGCGG